AUGGCCGGGUGCGUGGCACUGGCUUUGAACAGAAGAUUCUGGAAGCGAUUAACGAGGCGAGAGCAAGAGUGA